GAGCUCUUGUGAGAAAUACAGGGAGAUCCCGAGACCAUAAAGGAAACCCAGAAAGAAAAUCAAGGGAAAAGCUGUUCAGAAAAGCCCUGGAUGGGCACGACAAAAACAGUGAUAGGAAGUCAUACAACUGCAUGACAUGAUGAGAAGCUUUCUUCAUCUGUUGACGGUGUCCUUGAUUUUCUUCUUUCUCCAAGAAUGUUGGGGCCGGAAUGAAGAGGAACGCCUCAUCAACUAUCUUUUUAAGGAGCGUGGCUACAACAAAGAGCUUCGUCCGGUCCAAAAUAAAGAUGAUACUGUAGAUAUUUAUCUGGCACUGACACUUUCUAAUCUGAUUUCCUUGAAAGAAGUUGAUGAAACAUUACUAACAAAUGUGUGGAUGGAGCAUGGCUGGACUGAUUAUAGACUUGAGUGGAAUGAAACAGAGUUUGAUAACAUUCCUGUUCUGCGCCUGCCGCCAAGUAUGGUGUGGUUACCAGAGAUUGUUCUUGAAAACAACAAUGAUGCCCAGUUCCAGGUGGCCUAUUACUGCAACGUAUUGAUCUAUCCCAGUGGAUAUGUGUACUGGUUGCCUCCAGCUAUAUUUAGAAGCUCCUGCUCUAUAAACGUCAACUACUUCCCUUUUGAUUGGCAGAACUGCUCACUAAAGUUUAGCUCAUUAACUUACAAUGCCAAAGAGAUUAGCUUACAUCUGAAAGAGGAGCAGGACGAGGAUGCAAAGUCCUACAAGGUGGAAUGGAUCAUUAUUGAUCCUGAGGGAUUCACAGAAAAUGGUGAGUGGGAAAUUGUUCACAAGCCUGCCAGGAAAAACAUUUAUAAAAACAUCCCAAUGGAAAGCAACAAGCACCAGGAUAUCACCUUUUACCUCAUCAUUAGACGUAAACCUCUGUUCUACGUUGUCAACAUCAUCAUUCCCUGCGUGCUCAUCUCUUUCCUGGCCUCUCUCGUCUACUACCUGCCUGCAGACAGUGGUGAGAAGAUGACAUUGUCCAUCUCUGUGCUGCUGGCUCUGUCUGUGUUUCUGCUGCUAAUUUCACAGCGUCUGCCUGAGACGUCUAUGGCAGUUCCCUUAAUUGUGAAGUAUCUGAUGUUUAUCAUGGUACUGGUCACUGUGGUGGUGCUGAAUUGCGUAAUUGUGCUCAACUUGCAUUUUCGGACCCCCAGCACCCAUGUCAUGACCGAAUGGACCAAAGAGUUCUUUUUGGAGCGACUGCCUCGUCUACUCCGCAUGUCCCGUCCAUCCGAUGACAAACCUAGCCUGGAGGGGGCGCUGCCGCGGCGUUCCAGCUCAGUGGGGUACAUCGCCCAGGCCGAGGAGUACUAUAGUGUUAAAUCACGCAGCGAACUGAUGUUUGAGAAGCAGUCUGAGAGGCAUGGCAUGGCUGCACGCCCCACUCCCAAAGCUACCUACACAUCCAGUAAUGACUCAGAGGUGUCGGAACAGCUGUACAACGAGAUGAAGCCAGCGGUGGAAGGAGCCAAUUACAUCGUUAAGCACAUGCACGACAAAAAUGACUAUAAUGAGGAAAAGGACAACUGGAGUGGGAUUGCCAGGACAGUGGACCGACUCUGCUUCUAUGUGGUCACUCCAGUUAUGACGUUAGGAACCAUCUGCAUCUUCCUGAUGGGCAUCUACAACCAGCCACCAGCGCUGCCCUUCCAGGGAGACACUUUCACCUAUACAGAAGAAAACAAGCGCUUUUCAUGACCUCUGUACACCACACCAGUGUGCUAGAUGAAUAAUGAAUAAUAGCCCCAGCGCUCUGUGAAAUAUCAUAAAGGAUAUUCUGACAGCAAUGCAAAGCAUGAAUAUAAAUUACUCUCCAUUUAGGCUUAUGCAGGCUUGAUUACUUAUAUUAUGUAUGUGGUUUAAUAAGUGUGCCAAAUGAACCUCUUCUGCUGUGAGAAGGGGAAUAAAAUAAUAAUUCUUGUCUUUUCCUCCUGGGUGUAAUUGUUGUUUCAGUGGGUAAUCAAAGUUUUUCCACAGCCAUUUUUGCUGUGUUGUUACUGCAGAACAAUCUCACUGGGACAUGUUCAGAACAGAAACAACCUAAUCCAUUGAGAGGAUCAUGGACAUGCAAGGAAAGUAGAACCCACUAUUUUAAAUUAUAAACAUACAGUUAUAAAUGGAACAGCUCACAAACCAGCUUGAAAGUCUGUUAUGCAAUUAUAUAAAUAAAUCAUAAAUACUGCACUGCAAUGUUUCACCACUAGGGUGUAGUAUUGCACUCAAAAUCUGUUCACUGGUGUGUUAUUGAAGUACUUGAGCUAUUAUACAGCACCACAGGGACAGGAGAAGGAGAAAAGCCACUGGAGUGAAAAAUAUAGAGGUUUGAUUAUGCAUAGUGUAAUAGACCAUAGUUGAUUCAUUCAAUCUUUAGGUCUAAAAUACAUCCUGUCAUUAAAGUACAUAAAUCUUCCUUGGUGGUGGAAACACAGAGAAGCAGACACGGUAAAAACAGGUUUGAAAUGGAGAAAACUUGAUUUUGUGUGCAAACCUACCCAUGCAAAUGUCACUGUCAUGAUACAAGGGUUUGUGGUUGUUG